GGACUGGGAUUUUUUUUUUUUUUCCAAUCUAAAGGGUUUCUCUUCCUCUCUCUAAUAAAACAUCUGAACCUCCUAAGACCUCUUUAAGAAUUUCUUACAAAAACAUGCCGGAAGACCGUGGAACUUGUUUUCACCCUGAAGAUUUUUCUCAUUUUAUUAUUUUCAACUGAUUGCCCAUAGAUGUGGAAGCCACAUCUUUUUGUUGGGUUGGUUCUUCAGUCGCUAGGUGGGGAGAGAGAUGAAUCCACUCAAGAUUAGCACUUACAGAAACAAAACUGCUUCUUCCUGGCUUAUGAAAUUCAGUUUUCUUUGGCUUCUUAGUCACAAUUGUUGCAGAGCCAGUGCUGUCUGGACUGCUUACAUGAACAUCUCGUUUCAUGUUGGGAAUCGGAUGUUGUCAGAGUUGGGGGAAACGGGAGUGUUUGGAAGAAGCUCCACUUUGAAGAGAGUGGCAGGAGUUAUCGUGCCACCUGAUGGAAAAACUCAAAAUGCAUGUAAUCCCAGUACCAGUUUCAGCAGAUUGAAGAACUCAGAGACCUGGCUUGCACUUGUUGAACGAGGUGGUUGUACCUUCACGCAGAAAAUUAAGGUGGCCAUUGAGAAGGGAGCCGGCGGAGUGAUCAUCUACAACUUUCCAGGAACUGGAAAUCAGGUUUUUCCCAUGUCUCAUCAGGCAUUUGAAGACAUCGUUGUGGUGAUGAUUGGUAACCUCAAGGGUGUGGAGAUUUUGCAUUUAAUUCAGAAGGGAGUUCACGUUACAGUCAUAGUUGAGGUGGGGAGGAAACACAUCAUCUGGAUGAAUCACUAUUUUGUCUCUUUUGUGAUUGUCACAACUGCUACUUUAGCAUAUUUCAUCUUUUAUCAUAUUCGGAGACUUUGGAUAGCAAGGAUUCAGAACCGGAGAUGGCAGCGGUUAACAACUGAUCUCAAGAAAGCCUUUGGCCAGCUGCAGCUUCGGGUUCUGAAAGAGGGGGAUGAGGAAAUCAGUCCAAAUGGAGAUAGCUGCGUAGUUUGCUUUGAACUCUAUAAGCCUAAUGAUACAGUUCGUAUUCUCACUUGUAAACACUUUUUCCACAAGAGUUGCAUUGACCCCUGGAUUCUGGCCCAUGGGACGUGCCCCAUGUGCAAACGUGACAUUCUUAAAGCUUUGGGUAUUCAGGUGGAUGUUGAAGAUGGAACAGAAUCUUUGCAAGUUCUCAUGUCAAAUGAAUUGUCCGAUGCCCUGUCCCCUGAUGAAGAAGAGACAGACCGUGAACUUCCUCCUGUGAGAGGAUCUGACAAAGUGGCCCCUUUGGAAGCGGGGGAAGUGCCACUGCCCCCUCAGAAUGACAGCCAGCUUACUUCAGUAGUGGAAGAUGUUCAUCCUUUACCUUGACAGCAUGACCUUUGAGCAAGUGGAUUAAACCUGUUUGUCAACUCAAGUCCUAA